AAUUUAGCGCUCUGUCGACGUGAGGGAUAUUCGUGGCACGUCAUUCUCUGCUGUCGUCGGACAUAAAGGUGCACAAACCUGCCGUUUCUCAGACACUAUGAGACAAUAUUUUGACAUAAGCGUUAUUUUUUCGCGUUCCGCUCUAUUGCGCAUGCCUGGUGGUGGAUAUAGAAUGCUGCCCGACGCCGCUUCGCUCCGUCCUGGCCGUGAUGUAGGAGCGAAAGUGGAGGCAGCGGAGGACUAAAACACUGAAUACAAAAAAAAAAAAAAAAAAAAAAAUGCGUUGGCAAAGUGGCAGCGUGGCGACCAAAGGAUUUGACACGAGAUCCUUCGCGAACUAAGACUGUGGCCCAUAAACUGAAGAAUGUCAGGGACACCAAAUGCAGACGCUGAAGGAGUAGUCUCCAAAGUACAAGUGAAAAAGGAGAUCAAGACAAUCGUGGAGAAUCUGGAAACCAUCCUGGGAGACCUCAAGGAUGUAGCCAAAGAGCUCAAAGAGGUUGUUCACGAGAUCGACACCCUGACUUGUGACCUGCAGUUGGAGGAGGACGGACUGACGGACAGCUCUAAGACGGACACGCUCAACUCCAGCUCGAGCUCCACCACCACCACCACCACCGCUUCCAGCCUGGAGAAGAUGAAGCUCUUCCCCGAUGACUGCUUGUUCAAAACACCCGCGCCCCUCACCCCGGUCCCCGUCAACCCUUCCGGAGUCCUGACUGUACUCAAGAAGCCGCACCCGCCCCUACCGCCUCCGAGACUUACCCCACUGAGAGCCGAGGAUCACAACAUUAAGAAUCUGCCUCAUCCGACAUUAGUACUAUCAGGGAAUAUAUCCAAGGCUAACGGGUCUUUAUUGAGGAACGGCGGAGUUUUCCCACUGAAACCAAGCAGGGAUUUAUUCUCCUCCACACCUUGCUUCAUUUCUAAUGACAGCGGGAUCCCUGAGUCAGGUCUUGUUCCUACAUUGCCCAGGCCCAUGCCACUGCUCCGCCAUGAAAAGAACAAAUGCCCCAAGGCCCCAGGCAGGGAGCCUCGUGAGAGGGAACGUGUGCGUUUCAGUGAAAAGGUCCAGUAUCACGGCUACUGCCCGGACUGUGACCUCCAGUACGAUGUAGACGACACAGAACUACACUUGCAGGCUGAGCUGAACGACCUGAGGCUCAGUCCGGUGCAUUGCUGCUCUUCCUCCUCCCCACCUCCUCCCCACGCUCUUUCUCACGAGCUGAUGUUGGAAAACGGCGGGCUCUCGGUCAGCCACAGUUUCCCGCCGACAACAAACAGUCCUCCGCCUUGUGUGCCUCCUCACACAUCUUCCCUGAAGCCCCAGAAAACAAUCCUACGCAAAUCAACCACCACCACGGUUUGA